AUGCCGAGCCCCUUUGCCCCCACCGACUCGAAGUACGUGUUUAACAACUACGCUGAGUGCGGUAUACCCUUCGACAAGCUCGCCGAGAAGCACUUAGCUCUUCCCGACAGUGAUGAUUCCAUCGCUAUCCCUGGCCUGGCCGAGCCAGGCUACUCGGCGACUUUCCGCUGCAAGGCAUCGAAGUCGCUCAAAACGGCCUUGUCUAGCGAUCUCGAAACCUACUACCACUUGUGGAAGAACGCUGUGACCUUUUAUGGUGACAAGCCAGCGUUCUCCUCGAGACCCUACGACUAUAAGACACAAAAAUCCGAGCCCCGCUACGUGACUAAGUCUUUUACCGAAGUGGAUACCUUGAAGCGCAACCUUGGCUCCGGAAUCAUGUUUCUUCUUCGCAACAACCCAUUCAAGAACCCUGACAUCGAGUCUCACCGCAAAAUUGAUGCCCACACCACCGACUACGCCUCCUACGACAAGGAUAACCACUCCUUUAUCGUCACUUUGUACCUGGCCAACCGUGAGGAGUGGGUUUUGGCAGAUUUAGCGUGUGUUUCCUACGCCAUCACCAACACCGUCUUAUAUGACACUUUGGGUGACUCGGCAUCCGAGUACAUUUUGGAGCUCACUGAGUCGCCUAUUGUGAUCAGCUCCUAUGAACAUGUAGAGACGAUCAUCUCCUUGAAGGAGAAGUUUCCAGACAGAUUGGCUGCGCUCAUCUCGCUCGUUUCCAUGGAUCCUUUGGAUUGCCAGUCCGCAUCCAUUGGCGAGGCCUUGGUCAGGAGAGCUCGUGCUGCCCGAAUUGAGCUCUACGACUAUAACCAGGUCUUUGGAAUCGGAGAACUCUUCCCUCAUGCAGACUUGCCUCCUUCACCAAAGACUACUUACACCAUUAGUUUCACUUCUGGUACAACAGGCAACGCCCCCAAGGGUGUGGUUUUGACCCAAGAAAACGCUGCUUCGGGUGUCACUUUCCUUGCGUGCCGUGUUCCACGUAUCAAGAACGACACGGCGUUGUCGUUUUUGCCAUUAGCUCACAUCUUUGAAAGACAGGCCCUCGCUUACAACUUGGUGUUGGGAGGCUUGGCUGGUUUCCCCCAGCAUGGAGGCUCAGCCUUGACAUUGAUCGAGGACUUGAAGUUGUUCAAGCCUAAGCACAUGACCAACGUUCCUCGUGUGUACACAAAGAUGGAAACUGCCAUCAAGAAUGCCACCGUCAACCUGGACCUGGCUCUCAAGAAAUCACUUUUCGAGAAAUGCAUUGGUAUCAAGUACAACAGACAAGGAGCUGCUGACGAGCAAAAGGGAGAGCUCUGGGUAUACGACCAGGUUUUGAUGCCCAAGUUGCGUGCUGCUUUGGGAUUCGACAACAUGGUCUACUGUAUCACGGGCCUGGCACCAAUUUCUCCGCUGACUGUGAAGUUCAUGAAAGCUGCCCUUGGUAUUGGCUUUUCUCAAGGUUAUGGAUUGACAGAGCUGUUUGCUGGAUUCUCGUUCAGUUCGCCUUAUGAGAAGGUUCCAGGCUCUUGUGGUGCUCCCGGACUCUGCACUGAGAUUCGUGUCAGAGAGUUACCGGCCAUGGGUUAUGCCUUGGAUGAUCCUCGCGGACCUAGUGGAGAACUCGAGAUUCGUGGUGGCCAGAUUUUCAGCCACUACUAUAAGAAUCUAGAGGAGACUGCAAAGUGCUUGAAAGAUGGAUGGUUUUCCACGGGAGAUGUGGCUAGAAUUGACAAGAACGGAAGAAUCUUCAUCAUUGAUCGUGUGAAGAACUUCUUCAAGUUAUCGCAGGGCGAGUAUGUCACGCCAGAGAAGGUUGAGAACGCCUACCUCAGUGGAAACACCCUUCUUACUCAGUGCUUCGUGCACGGCAACUCGUUGAACCACUUCUUGGUUGCAGUUGUGGGAGUUGACCCCGAGAAGAUCGUGCACUUCUUGUCACGUAAGUGUGGAGUUAAUAAGUCGGAGCUUCUGAGCGAAAGUGCGAUCUUAGAGCAUGUAAACAAGCAUGAGAACAGAACCAAAUUGCUUCGGGAGUUGAACAAGAAUGUUAAGGGUCUUCAGGGAUUCGAGACCGUCCAGAACUUGUACAUUGAGUUUGAGCCAUUACGGUUGGAGAGAGAAGUGAUCACUCCUACGGUGAAGAUCAGACGUCCUAUUGCGGCCAAAUAUUUUGCCAGUCAGAUCGACAGCAUGUACGGAGAGCAACCAUUGGCUACGAAGCAGAAGCUUUAG